GGCUGCAGCGCUGGUGGCUGGAACGAUGGCGUCGCAGAAUCGCCUCCUGUUCGUCCUCCUGGCCGCGACCACCGCCUGUGUGGUGGCACAGCACGCGCCGCCGUAUACAGAAGACUGCAGAAAAUUAACCUAUCCUCCUUCUGGGCCCACCUAUCGGGGUCCAGUCCCUUGGUACACCAUCAAUCUUGAUUUACCACCCUACAAAAGAUGGCACAAGUUGAUGACCGACAAGGCGCCAGCACUACGAAUAAUAGUGAAUUCCCUGAAAAAUGUAGUGAAUGCAUUUGUGCCGAGUGGGAAAGUCAUGCAGAUGGUGGAUCAAAAGUUGCCUGGUCUGCUUGGCAACUUCCCAAGUCCUUUUGAAGAGGAAAUAAAAGGGAUUGCAGAUGUCACCGAAAUACCUUUAGGUGAGAUUAUUUCCUUCAAUAUUUUCUACGAAUUUUUUACCAUCUGUACUUCAUUAGUAACAGAAGACAAGAAAGGCCACUUACUACAUGGCAGGAACAUGGAUUUUGGAGUAUUUCUUGGGUGGAAUACAAAUAAUAAUUCCUGGACCGUAACUGAGGAACUCAAACCUUUAUCCGUGAAUUUGGACUUCCAGAGAAAUAACCAGACCGUCUUCAAAGCAGCAAGCUUUGCUGGCUAUGUGGGCAUGUUAACAGGAUUCAAACCAGGGCUGUUUAGUCUUUCGCUAAAUGAACGUUUCGCUAUGAAUGGUGGUUAUAUGGGUGUCCUAGAAUGGCUUAUGGGGAAGAAAGAUAUCAAUUGGAUAGGGUUUAUCACCAGAUCAGUUUUGGAAAAUAGCACAAGCUAUGAAGAAGCCAAGAAUAUAUUGACCAAAACCAAGAUCAUGGCUCCAGCAUAUUUUAUUCUUGGAGGCAACCGUUCUGGGGAGGGUUGUGUCAUUACAAGAGACAGAAAAGUAUCUUUGGAUGUAUACGAACUUAAUCCUGAACAAGGCCGAUGGUAUGUGUUACAAACAAAUUACGACCGUUGGAAAAAUCCCUUCUUCCUGGAUGAUCGUAGGACACCUGCAAAGACCUGUUUGAACCACACAACCCAGGAGAACAUUACACUUUCAGCCAUCUAUGAUGUCCUGUCUACAAAACCUGUUCUCAACAAGCUGACUGUUUUUACCACUUUGAUGGACGUGACCAAGGGUCAAUUUGAAACUUACCUGCGAGAUUGCCCAGACCCUUGUAUAGGUUGGUAAACAGCAGGCCUACAGGAUGUGCUCUGACAUGAAGAUGCUCAUCUGACAUCCGGCUGACAGUGCAGUCAGUGGAUUCUCUCCUCCCAAAGACUCCUGCGACUCCUACCAGGUUCUCGCUGAGGCAAGAGCUUGUCCUCAAUGUGUUUGCAAAUCACAGGCUCUAUUGUUCUCCACUAUUGAGUGUUCUUACAGCUAACAUCUUUAAGAGAAGUACAGCAAUCAUCUAGAAUUAAUUUGCUGAAGUUCAUUAUACCCUGAUGGAGGUGGCCCUUUAAAUGAUUGUAGGGUCCAUGUGCACUGAGCAAAUUGAGACUCUUUGUGAGCAUUUAAUGUACUACAUCUGUCUAAAAAAUAUAUAGUAAAACUAAGUAAUCCACAUGAUUGUUUUUCACUUUUCUAUGCAUUUUGAUGCUUCUCUGUAUACCAGUCAUAACCUCCUGCUUCUGUUAUUAAAAUUAAUAUACUGUUGUUUUGUUAAUAUACUGUUGUAACAGUAGUAUAACUUCACUUCUUUUGAUUAAGGGGAGAUAGAAAAGACAUUCAGCACUAAACGAGCCUUUGACUGUGAGGAUAGAAGUGCAUGGGGCGGGGGCGGUGUUUCAUAAAUUCAUCAGCCUUUUGUGCACAAAAUUGAAAUGUUCCCCUUUUCUCGUAUUGCCACCCAGUAACCCCAUGAAGUUGUUAACUUUAAAAACUGAGUCCCACAUUCUGUCUAUUCAUAGUAAAUAAGCACAUCAAAGAUUUAUGGAAAAUGGUAGGUGACUGCAUUCUUUGAAAUUUUCAUAAAUAUAAUUUAUUAAAUGAAUAAAUUCUUAGUUUGUCCUAAUUAAUAUAUAAUUUUUAAAGUUAAAUAGAUCCAUUGAAAAUGUUUUCCAGAAACCAGAAUAUACAGAAUGCAUUUAUGAAAGGCCUUAUUAGAACUUGUUAAUCGCCUUUCUAACUUUAAUAAUUAACUGUGAAAUAUAUGCUAAUGGACAAGACUAUAACCAGUGCAGAAUUCUGUAAUGUCAAUUAUAUUCACACACUCAAUAAACAGUCAUUAAAAGUGG